AUGUCCAGAGCAGUUUGCAGGAAGUCUGAUGCGGGUUCUACCGAUCCCCAAUACUCGGGUACUCGGGGAAUAUUGAUUAUCCGUACUAUUAAUAGGCCGUGUCCCUCGCGUUCAGCUCAUUGCCUUUCCGGCCGUUUCGCUAAUUGCCUCGCUUUGGGAUCGCCGACGCCGCGUCACGCGUCGGCGUCGUUGAAAGCUCACGAGAAUAGAUAUUUGUGUCGCUACGCGUCAUUCGCGAAUGGCGCUUUGACCUCGCGUAUUUACCGGGAGCGUUUACCCGUGUAUGCGCUUGCGACAGUGCCGCGUGCGCAACGUGACGAACGAUUUAUUGCUCGCAAUAUACGCAGCAUCAUUUACGUGAAUAAAUAUGUAUGUGUUCGUUAG